AGACAACGGGCCGUCGUCGCGUAUGUUUAGGGCGUGUUCUUGAGCCCGUUCUACGUCAAAAGCUUAUUAUGCUUCAAAAGCAAUAGCCGAAGGAUGUACGACCGAAGCUUGUUAUGCGGUGUUUUGCUCACGCUUCUUUCGGCAGGCUCUUUUGCAGAUUACUACGAUUGCAAUGAACCCCUUUUAGACAGGGCUGUGCUAAGUGCCACUUCUUCCCUGGUCGACAGGGGUCCGGAGAAUGCAAGAUUGAAUGAAGGUAAAUCAUGGACAGCAUUGGACUCGGAUUUUGAACAAGCGUUAAUUGUCGAUCUGGGUCAAGUGAUGAAGGUAACUGGAAUCGAGACUCAAGGGAGGGCGCAUACCUCAGAAUACGUUAUGGAGUAUGGUAUCAGCUACGGCUACAACGGCCUCGACUAUGCCGUGUACAAAGAGCCUAGUGGAAAUGCAAAGAUGUUCAAAGGCAACAUCAAUGGAGAAGGGAUUAAGCGAAAUAAGUUUGAAGUGCCUAUUAUUGGCCAGUGGAUUCGAAUAAAUCCGACGAGAUGGAGGGACAGGAUCUCACUUAGACUUGAACUUUAUGGCUGUGAUUACGUUGGUGAGAAUAUGUAUUUCAAUGGAUCUUCAUUGCUUAAGAUCGACUUCAAGUCUGAACCUAUAUCUUCUACGAGAGAAUCAAUCCGUUUUAGGUUUAAAACUAACAUGGCUGAUGGAGUUCUUAUGUACAGUAAAGGGACUCAAGGAGAUUUCUUCGCAUUGCAAUUAAGGCAGAACAGGAUGAUGUUUAACAUCGAUCUUGGUUCUCGAUUGACAACAAGCUUAUCUGUUGGAAGUCUACUAGACGACAAUAUCUGGCAUGAUGUUAUAAUAUCUAGAAAUCGGCGAGAUAUUGUUUUUUCCGUGGACAGGGUGGUGAUACACGGUAGGAUUAAAGGGGAUUAUAUAAGAUUAAAUCUUAAUCGUGAGCUGUAUGUGGGUGGUGUUCCAAAUUUUCAAGAGGGCCUGAAAGUUUCUCAGAAUUUUUCGGGCUGUAUUGAAAAUCUGUUUCUCAACUCGACCAAUGUAAUUUACGAAGUGAAAGAAGGCUAUAACAAUGGCGACGAGGAGUUGAUGCACAAAUAUACCAAAGUCAACACGCUCUACUCUUGCCUGGAAUCACACAUUAUACCUGUGUCAUUUUUAACUCGAAGUUCAUAUGCAAAACUAAAAGGGUACGAAGGCUCCAAUCGAUUAAAUGUGUCAGUUGGUUUUAGAACAUAUGAAGAAAACGGUCUACUCAUCUUUCAUAAAUUUUUACCUAAAGGAUUUGUCAAGGUUUUCUUACAAAAAGGCCACAUUAAGGUGGAACUUCAACUGCCAGCAAGAGGGGGAGGACCAUAUUCGACUGUCCAAUCAACAUUCCUCGAUAAUUACAACGAAAGGUUUGAUGAUGGACGCUGGCACCAUUGCAUGCUGACCAUCAGUAAAGAUAAUUUAGUGCUAACUGUGGAUCAGAAACCGAUGCCAACCUUAAAGGAGAUAUCAAUUCAGACUACUUCUUACUACUUAAUCGGAGGAGGAAUUCAAGGGGAACCUGGUUUUAUUGGAUGCAUGCGUCUUAUCAGUGUAGACGGAAAUUAUCAGCUGCCAACUAAUUGGAAAGAAGAUGAGUAUUGCUGUAAGGGUGAAAUCGUUUUUGACUCCUGCCAGAUGAUAGACAGGUGCAAUCCGAAUCCUUGCGAGCACGGUGCUGUCUGCACUCAAAGCUCGUUUGAAUUUAUUUGCAACUGUCAAGAUACCGGUUAUACCGGUGCAGUCUGCCACACCUCAUUAAAUCCUCUUUCCUGUGGCUCGUACAAGGAUAGUGGUGAAAAGGCUAGUAUUAAGAUUGACAUUGACGGUAGCGGCCCACUUGCACCUUUCCCUGUCUCCUGUGAAUAUUCUGACGGUCGCAUUAUAACAAUAGUGCACCAUUCAAAUGAGGAGGAUACACCUGUUGAUGGAUUCCAACCACCUGGAAGCUUCAGUCAAGAUAUCAUAUAUGAUGCCGACAUGCUUCAACUUGAAGCUUUAACCAACAGGAGUAUAUCAUGCACACAAUACCUUUAUUACAAAUGUCGGAAUGCUAGACUAUUUAAUUCUCCUUCAACCGAAGAAUCAUUUAACCCAUAUUCUUGGUGGGUGUCGAGAAAUAACAAGAAAAUGGAUUAUUGGGGAGAAUCCGUUCCUGGUUCUAGAAAAUGCCAAUGCGGUAUAAUGGGCAAUUGCGUCGACCCAACCAAAUGGUGCAAUUGCGAUCAAGGCCUCGAUACAUGGGUUGCUGAUGAAGGAAAACUGUGGGAUAAGAACGAACUACCUGUUCGGCAGCUGAGAUUCGGUGACACUGGGCAUCCUCUUGAUGACAAGGAAGGAGUCUAUCGUCUCGGACCGCUUAUUUGUGAAGGAGAUGAUCUUUUUAACAAUGUGGUUACAUUCAGAAUCUCAGAUGCUUCUAUUAAUUUGCCAACAUUCGACAUGGGGCACAGUGGCGAUAUUUUCCUCGAGUUCAAAACAACUCUAUUAAACGGUGUAAUACUUCAUAGUAAAGGCCCGUCUGAUUUUAUCAAACUUGCAAUCAUUGGUGGCACUAAAUUGCAAUUCACGUUCCAAGCUGGAGGAGGGAAUCUGGGAGUGACUGUUGAAACGACAUACAUUCUGGCUGAUGACCAAUGGCAUUCAGUUUCUAUAGAAAGAAACAGGAAGGAAGCAAGGCUCAUUGUGGAUUCUGCUUUGAAGGCUGAAGUCAGACAGCCUCCGGGACCUGUACGAGCUAUGCACCUCACCUCUCCCCUUGUUAUUGGUUCAACUGUUGAAUACCGUGAUGGAUUUACUGGUUGUGUCAGGUCACUCCUACUCAACGGUAAACUAGUCGACCUGAAAAGUUACGCUGAAAAAGGACUUUAUGGCGUCAGCGUAGGGUGUGUUGGAAAAUGCGCUAGCAACCCUUGCAUGAACAAUGGCACAUGUAUCGAGAGGUACGAUGGCUACACCUGUGACUGUAGGUGGACUGCUUUCAAAGGACCUAUUUGUGCUGAUGAAAUUGGAGUCAACCUUAGAUCCAAUUCGAUGGUGAAGUAUGACUUCAUGGGUUCAUGGCGAUCCACACUUGCUGAAUCGAUCCGAGUUGGUUUUACAACUACCAACCCCAAGGGAUUCCUCUUGGGCAUGUUUUCGAGCCUGACCAGCGAAUAUAUGACCAUAUCAGUUUCAAACAGCGGUCAUCUAAGAGUUGUGUUUGAUUUUGGCUUUGAAAGGCGGGAAGCUAUAUUCCCAAAUAAACAUUUUGGCUUGGGUCAGUACCACGAUGUAAGAAUAAGUCGUAAAAAUUCAGGUUCAACAUUAGUAAUGCUGGUAGAUAACUAUGAACCGAUGGAAUUCCACUAUGAAGUUAAAGAAUCUGCCGAUGCACAAUUUAACAACAUCCAGUAUCUCUACAUCGGUAAAAAUGAAACGAUGAAAGAAGGCUUUGUUGGUUGCAUUUCAAGAGUUGAAUUUGACGAUAUUUACCCCUUGAAACUCCUCUUCCAAGAGGAUGGGCCAUCCAAUGUUAAAUCCAUCGGAGGCAAUCUUAAUGAGGACUUCUGUGGUGUUGAGCCUAUAACACAUCCGCCAAAUAUUGUUGAAACCAGACCGCCGCCAGAUAUUGAUGAAGACAAGCUAGCAGAAAUUUAUAGUGAUACUGCGUCAGCUGUGAUAGGAGGUGUCGUGUUUGCCAUUCUUCUCAUCCUCCUUAUCGUCGCAUUCCUUAUCUUCCGUUACGUCAUGAGGCACAAAGGAGAGUACCUCACACAAGAGGAUCGCGGUGCUGAAAUGGCGCUGGACCCGGAUGAAGCAGUAAUGGAAUCAACAACAGGUCAUCAAGUACAAAAGAAAAAAGAAUGGUUUAUCUAAUUGCUUUUAUUUUGAAGCAAGUCACACAACAAAACAGUGUACAUAUAUUUAUGUUACUUUUUUAAUUUUAUUUUUUUAUAAAAAGAGACAGUUUGAACAUACUUUGUUCAUGCUGUUUUAAUUACCCUUUAAUUUUAUUUUCCGAAAUAAAGAUCUGAAAUUUUAAAACGUCAAAUGACUAUCCUAAGACACCUUUUUGUUUUAUUUUGUUCAACUAGUAGUAAUGUCGAUAGCAUAAAAACUUUCAAAACCUAGUGGUAGAAUUAAUAUAUAUAUAUAACACUAGUGCCUGAGAGGAAUUGCCAACUUUCUCAAAUCACAAACCAAAAAGCCUUUCUAAUAAGACUUAGUAGUUAAUAUUAAGAUAUUUGUUUUAUUUUUAAUUAUUUUAUUUUUUAUUAUCAAAAUAUAUUCUCACAGUUUUAUAUUCAAUCGUUUAAAAAAGAUUGAGUAAUAAUGUGUCCGGGAUGGUUUUAUCAGAAUUUGGAUUAGGUAAUUGCUAUAGCAGUUGGUAGGAAAGUGUUGAGAAAGAAAUUAAUUUGGGAUAAAAAACAAGGCAAUUUUGUGGCAUAUUUAAAUAAAUGUGUACUUUUCAGUAAUUUUGUAACAAAGUAUUAUUCAUUUCGUCCAUUUUUAAUGUAUAAGACAUAAUUUAUAUAGUUUAUGUUUUACAAUUUGUUUUGUUUUGUAUAUUUUAUUACAAAUAAGUUUAUACUUUAUAGUUUUUUGUAUAUUUUUUUUAUCAUUCUCUACUGAGAUUAAAAGACAUCUAAAUUCAAAUUUUAUUAUU